GGCUGCUACUCUGACUGUCAAUGAAGCAGGAGCUUUCAGAAGACGUACACAGUAGACCAGUAGAAGACAGACAUCAAAAUCAUCAAAAUGAUUAUCAUAAUUGAGGAUAAGUCUGCCUUCGACAAUGCUCUGAAAAAUGCUGGGAACAAGCUGGUGGUGGUGGACUUCACAGCCACAUGGUGUGGGCCCUGCCAGAACAUUGCUCCAGUCUUUAAAACGCUGUCUGAAAAACAAGAGAACGGAAAUGUCGUGUUUCUAAAGGUGGAUGUGGAUGAUGCACAGGAUGUGGCCACUUUCUGUGACAUCAAAUGUAUGCCAACAUUCCAUUUCUACAAGAAUGGAAAGAAGAUUGAUGAAUUUUCUGGAUCAAAUCACGCUAAACUGGAGGAGAUUAUCAAUAAGCAUAAAUGAAGAAAAACACAAACCAACCACUGUAAUAACUAAUAUACGCAGAAAAAAACAAUUCUCAACCUCUAACUCAUUCUAAUUUUGGCUGCUUCAUUUAUAUCCUGUUUUAUUUUAGUGUAUAUACAGAAACAGAAGUAAGACUUUUGUUAAAGGUUUUGGCCCUCUAUAAUGGCUAUCUCUAAUGUAUUUUAUGUUGGCUUUGUAUGAAAUUAAAAUAUUAAAGGUAAUGAAAAGUUGACUUUUA